AAGUAGUGGCCGCCGCGACUUCCGGUUCCGGCUGCCGGGCGAAGAUGGCUGCGGGCGCGGCGUCCGGCCUGUCGAAGGCCGAGUAUCUGCGGCGGCGCUACUUGGAGCCCGGAGCGGACACCGCGGGGGACACGAAGCGGCGCCGCAGGAAGCGGCCCAAGGACAACCAGGGCCGGAUGCGUAUAGUGGACGAUGAUGUGAGUUGGAAAAGCAUUUCUGAUUUGCAAGAAAAGGAGGAGGAAGAGGUGGAUGAUGGAGACCUUCCUGUGGUGGCCGAAUUUAUUGAUGAACGGCCAGAAGAAGUAAAGUGGAUGGAGGAAUUCCGUACCAGUAACAAGUGGAAGCUCUUGGGAGAUCACAAUGAAGAGUCACAAAGCUCUGAUCUGUCUGGGGCUGCAAAAUCAAACAGCUCAGAAGCUGUGAAGGCCAGGAAGGCCAGGCAUUUGCCAGAAGUGUCCCCGCCCAGAAGGGGCUGCCGUGACUUGCCAGGCAAAAGCAGCCACAGAGCAGCGAGUGGAGGGCAGGAAGAAUGCUUUCCAGACAAGCACGGACCCCAGCGGAGGCAGCAGGUGGCCCCUGAUUUGUCCCCACCCAGGAGGAAGAGGCAGGAUUCUGGUGCGGCCCUGUCCCCACCUCGCAAGCUGAAGUCAUCCCCUGAUGGACUGAGGAGGCCAGGCCAGGCCAAAGGCUCUUCUCUGGCCACUAAAAGGUCCCGGCAACAUGAUACUGACUCUGAGUCGGACUCUGCUCCCCCCAGGAGGAGUCCCAGGGCCUCCUCGGAUUCGGAUCUUUCUCCCUCACGGACCAUUUGCAGUACACGGUUGCAGGAUUCUCCUUCAGAUCUUUCUCCUCCCAGAAGGAAUGUGUGCAGGUCUUCCGACUCCGAUUUGUCUCCUCCCCGGAGAGGGCAAAAUGUUGGACAGAAGGCCCACAGGUCACAAGACCCACCUGACCUCUCGCCACCGUGGCGGGCCAGAAACGCCCAAGGAAGGGGCGAUGGUGAAGGGAAUCCUCAGAUGCUGUCAGGCGGCAAAGCAGGCUUGGUGUCAGCUGGCCUAUUGAGGAGGGAGCGACAAGAGGCCAGGAAGCAGGACAGGGGCAGCAGACAUCUGGAAGAUGAAUCGCAACACGCAGCCACCGUUUUCAGGGACAAGUCAGGCCGCAAGCGGGACCUGAAGCAGGAGCGGCUGGAGCAGCAGAAGGCAGCUCGGGAGAAAUCUGAGCGGGAUGAGCAGUAUGCCAAAUGGGGCAAGGGGCUCGCCCAGAGCAGGCAGCAGCAGCAGAACGUGGAGGAUGCAGUGAAGGAAAUGCAGAAGCCGCUGGCUCGGUACAUUGAUGACCAGGACCUGGACCAGAUGUUGCGGGAACAGGAGCGAGAAGGGGACCCCAUGGCCAACUUCAUCAAGAAGAGGAAGGCCAAGGAGGGGAGAGAUCAAAAAGAAAAGCCAAGGUACAGUGGACCAGCCCCACCUCUCAACCGAUUUAACAUCUGGCCUGGGUAUCGCUGGGAUGGCGUUGACAGGAGUCCAAGCGGCUUUGAGCAGAAGCGCUUUGCCAGAAUUGCCAGUAAGAAGGCAGUACAGGAGUUGGCAUAUAAGUGGAGUGUGGAAGACAUGUGACUUGUCCCUCUGAGAUACAAGGGAACUGCUGGCCGUCCUUUGCAAUGGUCAUUCCUGACCGCUGGGAUUAAAGGUGCACAGCUCACAGGAUCCUUUAAGGUGCUCUUGGAUGGCAGCAGAAGCAGAGUGAGACCAUUGGUGUUCCUGGCGAGCGCAGUGCACAAGGAUGAAUACACACGAGGGCUCUGUUGUGCGAGGAAGCCCCCGCCAGCUGUGCUCGGUUUCCAGAAAGGUAAAUUCCUGUUGCGUUUGGGCUGUUAAUUUCAGAGCCCUUAAAGCCAGGCACCAGGCGUGCCCCACCAAUGCUCAGGUAAAUCUUUCAAAAGGUUGGCUUGUUUGGGACAAGAGAAGUGGCAGGAUGGAGGAGGACCCCCGUUCCGCAGCAGGGCCUUCCUUCUGGACUUCAGCAGGGAAAACUUUUGGGCUGUUCUGUCCUGGAGGAGCUGGAACGUGCUGGCUGCUUUGUGACUCUGGGCUUCCCAGCCUGGGCUUGGAUUGCAGGGUUGGGGCGGAACUUGUUCAGGGUAGAGCCCAGGGUGGCCCUUGCUCUGCCUGGUCAGGCCCAGGCAUAUUGCUGAGCAGAGCGGCCGCUUGUGGGGAGGGAGCAGCACGUUCUCUUUCAGCUGAGGCAGCAGCCUGGGAGGUUAAGGGGUGGAGGACUCCCCCCCUGCCCCCCACGACAUUCUUGUCACGAGCAGAGCGGCUUCAUGCCAGGACUUUUCCUACCAAAUGAGAGCCUUCAGGCGCUGUUCACAGUUAACAUUUCUGAAACCCUUUGUAAACUGGAUGUAUAGUUUGUAAAAACAAAACAAAGACAGUUUUUAUAUUUCA